GGACUCUAAUAUUUUUUUUUACUAUUUGUGAACAAAGUUCGCUAUGAAAAUAAUAAACUUGGAUAUUUUCUUGUGGCGUCUCAAACGAGUCAGCAAAAUUGUAGUUAGUAAUACCACUUGUUUUAACACAUUAUCAACUGCUUUACCUUACAGUGUUUGUAAUGACUAUAAUACAAACAUUGCAAAAGAUUCGACUUUUAGCAAUCAGCAAUCCAUGUUUAAUAAUGUUAUAGUUAAACAUAGUUCAAAAAUACAGAAUUUUCUGUCUCAUCCUCGAAUUGUUUCGCAUAUAAUGUUAUGUACUGAAAGAAAAUGUGUUGGAUAUAAAUCAUAUUAUGGUAGUCAAUAUUAUAAUGUUAGAUAUCUUUCAAAUACUGGUAUUGAUUCUAUUACUGAAGUUGAAGUUCCAAUGCAGUUUAAUGGCAUAUUUAAAGCGAUAUCUGAAAGUGCACCUAUUAAAAUCACACAAGACUUCUUACUGUUGGUACAUGAUUAUACAGGCUUACCAUGGUGGUCAGUCAUUGUACUUACCACCAUUAUGAUGAGAACAGCAGUAACAUUACCAUUAUCCUUGUAUCAGCUAUAUAUAUUAGCAAAAUUGGAAAAUCUCAAAUAUGAAAUGGAUGAGAUAGUUAAAGAGAUGAAGAAAGAGAUAAAUUAUGGCAUACAUAAAUAUAAUUGGUCUAAAAAAUAUGCCAAACGUUUAUACAAUCACUCUGUAGCUAAACAAUGGAAUAAAUUGAUUGUUCGAGAAAAUUGCCAUCCAGCUAAAACUAGUCUAUUAGCACUGAUACAAGUACCUUUGUGGAUAUCAUUAUCAAUGUCUAUUAGAAAUUUAUGUUAUAUGCUACCCAAACAAGAUGCUAAUGCUUACAUUACUUAUCAGGAAUUUAUAACUGACGGAUUUCUUUGGAUGUCUAACUUAACUACAGCAGAUCCGUUUGUACUUCCCAUAUCAAUGGGAUUAUUUAAUUUAGCUAUUAUAGAAAUAACUUGUAUGAGUAAAGUACAAAACGUAGAAUUGACAAAAUGGCAAAGAUACUUAACCAAUUUCUGCAGAAUUGCUACGAUUGGAAUGAUUCCUAUUGCUAUGUCUGUACCAUCGUGUUUAAGCUUGUACUGGGCAACUAGUAGUGCAUUUGGUCUCUUUCAAAAUCUAAUUUUGUUGUCUCCGAAAUUACGUCGUUUUGCAAAAGUGCCUAUAACUACAUCUGAAUCACCACAUCCAUACUUGAUAUUGCGUAAUAAGAUAGCAGUUAAAUAUCGUUUAAAAAAAAAAGUGGAAAUUCCACCGAAGAUGUAAACAUGUUUUGUGAGUUAAUCACUUACACAAAUAAAUUAUAUGCAUACAAAUUUUACAA